AUGUGGGAUCCACGGCUCAUUGUGGUGUCAAAGUCGGCUGGUGAAGGGCUCAUGGUCUCUGAGGAACCACUGCAAGCAGCUUAUAUUUAUGGCCAAGUCUUGUACCAUGUUAUCAUUGCCGUCACCAUUGAUUAUCUUACAACGCGCAACGUGGGAUUGCUGGGCUCGAGUUUAUUUGAAUACCCUAUGGUUGAUGUUGUUGUGGUCUACAGCAGAGAUCUACUUGUCUUUUGGUGUCUUGUUGAAGUUUACAAGGCCACAGCUAUGAUUGCUAACUAUGGGGAAGACUAUUUAUACUUUUGGGUGGUAUCAACCUUUAUUGGGUCUCGGGUGGUUGGUUACCAGGCAACGAGCGAUUUCUCUGGAGAAUGUCAGCCAAUGCACGUCUUUUAUGAGUGGAUUGUAUCAGCAACAAACAACAACAUCUAUAUCGUUGGUGUCAUAUCAAGCUUUAUUCCAUCAUCCGGUGCUUCUCGUUAUUGGUACGUUGGUGGACAUCCUGAAAUGAAGAUAUCUUAUCAAUUGAUCACAUCAGCAGCAAGGAGUUCCAUAUCCAGGUGGUUCUGGCAAUGGAAGCAAGCGUCGACAUCUUUAGUGAUACCAAGGUCACCUAUGCAUCUCUCCAAGGUUGACGCCAACCCUUUGAGGAUAUCCCACUACGCAUGCCUGUUACCGGUGGAUCAUAUCAGCACAACCACGAAGCAGCAAUCAGCAACUGAGCCUAUGAUAUCUCUAGUGUCAGCAACAUUUACUCGAUUCUCUGGUGGUUCUCGUUAUUGGCCAAUUGAUUUCAAGAACAUUCAACAGCGCAUGUCUCUUAUGGGUGUAUCACAUCAGCAACAAGUAACAAUAAAUGUCACAUGUCUUUUUGGUGCUGUCAAGGUUUAUCCAUCGCUCAAGGCAUUCGUCGUCAAGUAA